AUGGAAAUCACGAACCCUAAGCAAGAUAGCAAAGUCUGGCCAGGGGAGAGUAACGAGGCUUUUCCGGAGGUAUUCUGCCAUGUCCCUCCUCCCCCGAAAACUAAAAAACCCGGGCAGUUGAGCCAGGAGCAAAUCAAGCAAUUCGUUCAAGAUGGUUAUCUUAUAAUCGACGAUUACUUUGACAAGUCAGAACUUGAACCCGUUAAGGAUUGGAUAGAUGACCUUGUGGAUGACCUUGCCGAACAGUUGUUCAAAGCAGGUAAAAUUAAAGACCUUUACAAGGAUUUCGGGACUUUCAAAAGGCUAACAAGGAUUGAUCAAGACUAUCCAGGUGCAAAUAUUGUCCUCCUUAAAAGGGCCCAACAGGUGCCUAAGAGUUUGCAAAGUUUGUGGGCCAAUGAGCGGUUGUUGAACUUAGCCGAGCAGAUUUUGGGACCUGAAGUGUGGGGGAAUCCGGUGUGGAACCUGAGACCAAAAGUUCCCCGAGAUGAAGUCACUACGGUUCCUUGGCACCAAGACGCCGCUUACAUGGACAAUGAGUCAUAUAGUCAGUUCGUGCUGUCCGCCUGGAUUCCAUUCCUAGAUGCUACUGAAGAAAAUGGUUGUCUGAAGUUUGUAAAAGGAGGGCACAGGAGUGGAAAAGUUGCUAAGCACCAGUGCUGUCACGGGGAUACAUUUUAUGUCAGGCUGGAGAAAGACGAGAUGGAAAGGAAGUUAGGAGUGGAUAUGGCCCGGGACGUGGUUGCAGCUCCUGUAAAAUACGGCGGCUUUGUCUUGUUCAACAACAUCGUACCACAUGGCAGCACAGUGAAUUUCUCGAGCGACAUACGAUGGAGCGUUGACUUACGAUGGCAAAAACCGGGGUCAUCCUUCGGGCUCUGGGGCCUCAAAAAGGGGGUGGAAAUGAGGUCAAGCACAAAUCCCAGCGUCCACAUUGAUUGGGAUACAUUCAACGAGAUAGACAGGACUACACUGCAGGAGCAAUAUGUGAAUGCCAUAAUGGAGGAUGAAUUUGACACGACUCUUCAUGGUCCCUGGAUGAAGCAAUGGGAAAUAGUGCACCACAAUAGACAUACUGCGGCUGUCAGAGAUGACCCAGCUUUUUGGCAGCUUAGGGGCUGACUUCCCUUGACACUCGUGACCAAAGUCAAACGAGACGUCCAACACGGCUGUCCUUAAAAGCCGUUUAGAAAUCAUUGUAAUGAAAUCUUCGGACUGAUAUUUAUGUUUCUGGAUUUUAAGAGAUAUUGUUGAUGUGAAUAUUUAAUUCUUAAAGAAUGUAUUUAUUGUCAAAACUCUAAUAUUGCCCAAUGAAAUUGGAGGAUGUUUUAUGUGGACGUUUGUGAUUACUUGAAUUUACCUUAUAUCAAGCAGUAAUGUAUAAGCAAUGAUUCUUUUAAUGUAUAAGCAAUGAUUCAUUUAAUGUAUAAGCAAUGAUUCAUUUAAUAAUCUUUUCCCGGAUUACUGUUAUGAAGCUUAUUUUGUGUUAUAAUGCAUCCAAAUUUUCCAGAGGAUGUAUAUAUGUCAGGGCAUUAGAGAAUCUUAAUUAUGUGUUAUGGUGAACGAAGAUAAAAAAUGGUAUAAACAAGCUAAAAGUACCCUAUAUAUAGAGAGAGAGAGAGAGAAAAUCUUGUACUUGAAUGUGAUCAAUUAUUCAUACGCGUACGAUUGUAUAUAAUGAUGAAUUGUUGUAUUCCUUUUGCAGUAACAAAGAAUAUUUUUACCUUUGCUUCAAUAUCAAUUCACGGAUUAGUUCACCCGUCUUCCAUUCAGAUAGAAUAUUGAAAACUAUUCCGUGAAAUCCUUUCAGUUCGGAACCUUUUCCUAGAACUAAAUGAAAAGCAGGCUACCUAACCAAGCCAGACAAACGCUGCCUAACUUGGAGUCUUGGAAAGUUCUUUGAGCAGCUAUUGUCUAUAAACAUCUAUUGGAAGAUUAAAAAUUAGGACAUUGUGAUUUUGAUUAGAAUAAACCUUUUAUGCCUUUGUGA